CGUUGUUUUGAAUUUCAAAUUUUGCAGGACUCAGCAAAGCACAAACGACACCAGAAACUGCACGAGCGAUACACAAGGACCAACGCACGGUUUCGUACCCAAAUCCCAUGUCGAGAUCGAGGACCACGAGAACAAACUUCAGCUGACCGGGAAGAACUCUACUUUAUACUCGCGCAGAAAUUCCGGGAGAUCAUAGUGGGGCAUUCCCUGGAAUCCGACUUCGACAUCGGGUUCCGCCUCCAACUGUAGGAAGCCCUAACCGCCUCUCUCGCACUCCACACCUCCUCUCCCCAACCACCGCCGCUAGACCACCAUCAUCAACACGAAGCCGAAGAUAACGACAGGAAGUUCGCGGUUGCCGACUUCCAGAGAGAAAUCGUCGACUGCCAGCUCUUGCAGAAGGAGACUCGCCGGACGACGAAGGAGGAGUUAGAGCGUUGGGUUCACGAGACGAAAUUUGCGAGCGAAAUAUCGCGGAUUCCUGAGGGUUAUGGCAGAAAGGACGAUAAUUACGAGAAGCCCUACGGCGAAGGGUGCUCAAAAAAUGCAGAAAUUUUUUGGCAAGUCAAAUUCAUUGGCAUUGUUUGUUGAGUUCUUUUUAAACAAAAAAAAAUUGUUUGCUGAGUUCUUGGUGUGAAUUCAGAAUGAUUGUUGAAUUUAUUUCUAGUCCAAUUUGUAUUUCUCUAAGUUCAUGUUUCUAACAGUUAAAAUUUUUUAUUUUUUAUUGGGAAGGGGGGUGUCACAUUUUUAUAAAUUUAGGCUACAGGAAGAGUGGAACCAAGAGAGAGCAGCAUUGCUACAUUAAUCAAUCAGGUUGUUCUUCUUCAAAAAAAUUUAUAUCUUGCCGGCUAUCUCUUGUCACAUUGAGUAAUAUUAAGUUUGCAUUCAAAUUUGCAAGAGAUACUAUAGUUUCUUAAAUUGCAUUGCCUGUGGAAAGUAGUAAAGGCGAGAGUUUGAAUGAGACUUGUGUAAUCUGUUUUGAAGAUAUUGAUGUUGAAAAGAUGUUUUCCGUGGAUGGCUGUGAUCAUAGGUAUUGCUUUUCUUGUAUGAAACAGCAUGUAGAAGUGAAAUUUCUUAAUGGGAUAGUGGCCACUUGCCCUCAUGAAGGGUGUAAAAUUGAGAUUAAUAUUGAUACUUGUGGAAGUUUCUUGGAUCCAAAAUUGGUUGAGAUCAUGGGCCAGCACAUGAAGGAAGCUUCUAUCGCUGCAACUGAGAAAGUCUACUGCCCAUAUCCUAGGUGUUCAGCAUUAAUGUCAAAGAUUGAGGUGCUAAGGCAUACAAAUCUCUUUUGUGUUGGUGCUGAGCAUACUGAAGAAAGAAAAUGCAUGAAAGGUGGUUUCUUUUUCUGUAUUAACUGCAAGGCUCCUUGCCAUCACAAUAUGACCUGUUAUGAUUACAGUAGGUCAAAUUCUCAUAACAAAACUAAAGAUGCAAUGUCGAAGUCUCUUGCAAAAUGGAAACUAUGGCGCCAGUGUGUGAAGUGUAAUCAUAUGUUUGAACUAUCCGAAGGUUGCUACCACAUCACUUGCAGGUGUGGAUACGAGUUCUGCUAUACUUGUGGAGCUCUGUGGAAAAAUAAGAAAGCAACAUGUUCAUGUCCAAUCUGGGAUGAACAUAACAUCAUACGUGAUCAGAGACAAAGAAGACAAUGACUUUUAUAACAAGCCAAGAGACUCAGGUCACACUUUUUUUCUGCUUUUAAAUCCUCUACUUUUUUCAUUUUUACCUCUAGUUCUUUUGCCUUAGUAGAAAGUCUAAAUCCUGAGAAAGCAAACAGAGGAGCUAUGUAGACAGUUGUUAGCCUUAAAGCAUAUUGAAUCUUGCUUUUUAAGAUAAAUAUGAUAGUGGUUGGUAUAGUUUUAUACUUAACAUGACUCUUUAAACGAGAUACUAGUAAAAUGGUUGAGAAUAUAUUUCUCUGAA